AUGGCCCUGGAGCAGGCGCUGCUGGCGGCACGGCAGGGCGACCUGGAGGUGCUGAAGUCCCUGCACGCCGCCGGCCAGCUGGAGGCCUCGCUCCGGGACCCGCUGGACGCGCUGCCGGUGCACCACGCUGCCCGCGCUGGCAACUUGCACUGUAUGCGCUUCCUGGUGGAGAAGGUCGCCCUCCCGGCCGGCGCCCGCGCGCGCAACGGUGCCACGCCGGCCCAUGACGCCGCUGCCACGGGCCACCUCUCCUGCCUGCAGUGGCUGCUCACGCAGGGUGGUUGCAGAGCGCAGGACAGAGACAAUUCUGGUGCCACCGUCCUGCAUCUGGCUGCCCGCUUUGGCCACCCCGAGGUGGUGAACUGGCUGGUGUGUCAUGGUGGUGGGGACCCUACCAUGGCCACAGACUCGGGUGCCCUGCCCAUCCACUAUGCUGCCGCCAAAGGAGACUUGCCCUCAAUGAAGCUUCUAGUUGGACAUCACCCUGAGGGAGUGAAUGCCCGAACCCACAACGGUGCCACGCCCCUGUACCUGGCAUGCCAGGAGGGCCACCUGGAGAUGACCAAGUACCUGGUGCAGGAGUGCGGCGCGGAUCCGCACUUGCGAGCCCAGGACGGCAUGACCGCACUACACGCUGCAGCCCAGAUGGGUCACUGCCCGGUCCUGGUGUGGCUGGUGAGUAGCACCGACUUGAGUCUGUCCGAGCCGGACCAUGAUGGCGCCACCGCCAUGCACUUCGCGGCGAGCCGCGGCCAUGCCAAAGUGCUCAGCUGGCUCCUGCUGCACGGCGGGGAGAUCUCGCGGGACCUGUGGGGCGGGACCCCACUGCACGAUGCUGCUGAGAACGGGGAACUGGAGUGCUGCCAGAUCCUCGUGGUGAACGGCGCGGCGCUGGACGUCCGCGACCGUGACGGCUACACGGCUGCCGACCUGUCGAACUUCAAUGGCCACAACCAGUGCACUCGCUACCUGCGCACUGUGGAGUCCCUGAGUGUGGAGCAUCGAGUGCUGUCCCGGGAUCCAUCCACUGAACUGGAGGCAAAGCAGCCCGACUCCGGCAUGUCCUCACCCAACACCACCAUGUCGGUCCAGCCACUGAACUUUGAUCUCAGCUCACCCACCAGCACCCUCUCCAACUAUGAUUCUUGCUCUUCAGGCCAUUCCAGCAUCAAGGGCCAGCGCCCUCUUCGAGGGCUUUCCAGUGAAAGAGCUGCAGAUUUACAGAGCUACAUAGACAUGCUGAACCCAGAGUUGAGCCUGCCUCGGGGCAAGACGGAGAAGCGUACACAACCACCACCACCACCAACCUUCCCUCCGCCACCCCCACCCCCAGGCCCCCAGCUGCCCCCACCUCCACCAGGCUACCCAGCUCCCAAGCCCCCUGUGGGGCUACAAGCAACUAACAUCUACACACAGACCAAGAACAGGCUUCGCCACGUGAAGCUGGAUUCACUCAAGAAGGAGCCCCGCUCCAGCGACAGCUACUACGGGCUGCGUAGACAGGACCCACAGGAUCCGGCACUGCGUAGGCAGGACUCCGGCCGCCAGCCCCUCGCCUUCAGCGAGCAGCCCAGCACGGGGGACCACUACCGCCAGCAGGGCCGCUGCCCGGGAGAGCCGCUGGCCUCACGCCCGGGCAUGGCCCACAGCGAGGAGGCGGUGCUGCUUCCCAGGAACCACGUGCACAACGGCUGCGCUGCGGACCCCAAGGCCUCCAAGGAGCUGCCGCCGCCGCCGCCGCCGCCCCCGCUGCCCGAGGCGCUGAGUUCGCCGCCACCUGCACCGCCUCUGCCCUCGGAGGGCGCGGGCGCAGGCUGCGGGCAGCGUCGCUCCUCUUCGUCCUCCGCAGGCAAAGUGAGAGUCCUGAGACACAGGAAGAGCACCAAGUCUUUCAACAUGAUGUCCCCAACGGGUGAUAACUCAGAACUGCUGGCUGAGAUCAAGGCAGGCAAGAGCCUAAAGCCAACACCACAGAGCAAGGGGCUGACCACAGUGUUCUCAGGCAGUGGGCAGCCAGCCUCCCAGCCUGAGUCACCACUGCCUUCAGUGUCACCAGCGCCAUCACGGUCCCUGAGCCCCACCCCACCUGCCUCAGGGCCUCAGCCUCUGCUCAAUGGCAGCGUAGUGCCUGCACCACCUGCCUCCCCUGCACCUGGAGUGCAGCUGGACGUGGAGCCUCUCAUCCCCUCACUCGAUGAGCAGGGCCGACCCAUCCCAGAGUGGAAGCGCCAGGUGAUGGUCCGUAAGCUGCAGCAGAAGAUGCAGGAGGAGGAGGAGCAGAAGAAGAAGGAGGAAGCGGAGGAGGCCCGGCUGGCCAGCCUGCCUGCCUGGAGGAGAGACAUCCUACGUAAGAAGCUGGAAGAAGAGAGAGAGCAGAAACGAAAAGAGGAGGAACGUCAAAAGCAGGAGGAGAUUCAAAGGGCGAAAGAGCAGUCGGAGAAGCUGCGGACCAUGGGCUACGACGAAGCCAAGCUGGCGCCCUGGCAGCGACAGGUCAUCCUGAAGAAGGGGGAGAUCCCUAAGUAACACGCCUCGGCCUCUCCGUCUCGUCGUAAUCUCGUAAGCCCUGAGAGGUGGAGGGUGGCCUCCCAGCCCCGGCUCCAUCCUGUCAGGUUGGUGUGAAAGGGCUGGGAGCCUUGCCGCCCUUCCCUUCGGUGCCUGAACCCUCCCUCUGCCCGCCCCUGGCCCCCACAUCCCCAGCCCUGCCACUGGAUUGCGCGCGCCGCCGCCGCUGCCGCCGCCGCCGCCGCUGCAGUCGCCUGGAAAAAGUGCCCAAGCUACUGAUGCAAAAAA